GGCGCCGGCGCCACACAAGGGCCGGGGGGGAGGGGGCGGGCGGUUGACGUGGGCGGCCGGGCCGGGGCCCGCGGAGCGGAGAGCGCGGCCGCGCCGGGAAGUCGCCGCUUCCCGGCCUCCUCCGCCCCGCCCCCGGCAGCCCCUCCCGCCCGGCUGGGAGCGCUCCGGGCAGCGGGGGUGCCGCGGCGCGCAGCGAGCUGCGUGCGGCAGAGCGCGGCCGCCGGAGCCUGGCUCGCGGGGAGCUCGGGGGAUGGACGCUCGGCCACCGAUGCCGCGGCGCGAGCCGUGCAGCAGACGGAGCGGACCGGAGAGCGGCGGCGAGUGCUCCGCCGGGCGACGGGGAGCGCGGCUUAGUGCCCUCGCGUCUCGGACCCUCGGCUCUCCGCGAGGCUUCCGUCCGCUCGGACCUUCCGUGAGCUGCUGAGGUGUGAGCGUGUGGCCGCGGCUCACACCGGCGAGUGCUGAGCUCCGGCGGCGACCGGGCGCUACCACUGCCGGCAUCUGGUGGAACGAACCUGCCUCGCGGCUCUUUGAAACGCGUUUGGCUCUGACCCGGCCAGGACACGCAGAGGUGAGGGCUCUCUGGCUGACCUGAGUGCAGACACAGAGAAGAGGAUCUGUGGAGCGCUGAGUGGAGGAAGUGCAGGUGGACUUUCAUCCUGCCCAGCCAGAGAAGGGAGCAGGAGGAGUCCUGUGGUGCUACCUGUGCUUGUGUGAGUGCUGAGUAUACACGGGUGCUCCGUGCAUUUGUGCCUGCUGGGAAUGCAUCUUCAGCUUUCCUGCUGGGACCUGGGGAUAUUCAACAACAGCAGCAGCCUCGCCUCCAGUGCUGUUGGAUCUGCUGUGGACCAUGGAUUUUCCAGGACACUUUGAGCAAAUCUUUCAGCAGCUCAACUACCAGAGGCUUCAUGGCCAGCUUUGUGACUGUGUCAUUGUGGUGGGAAACAGGCAUUUCAAAGCCCAUCGCUCUGUUUUGGCAGCAUGUAGCACACAUUUCCGAGCCCUAUUUACUGUAGCGGAAGGAGAUCAGACCAUGAACAUGAUUCAGCUGGACAGUGAAGUGGUGACAGCGGAAGCUUUUGCUGCGCUGAUAGACAUGAUGUAUACUUCCACACUAAUGCUUGGGGAGAGCAACGUUAUGGAUGUCUUGCUGGCUGCUUCUCACUUACAUUUGAACUCUGUCGUUAAAGCCUGCAAGCACUACCUUACUACCAGGACGCUGCCCAUGUCUCCACCGAGUGACAGAGUUCAAGAGCAAAACGCACGCAUGCAGAGGUCUUUCAUGCUCCAGCAGCUUGGACUGAGCAUUGUGAGCUCUGCCUUAAGUUCUACUCAGAGCACGGAGGAACAGCCAAAUGCGAUGAGCUCCUCGAUGAGAAGUAACAUCGAGCAGCGCACUACUUUUCCCAUCCGUCGUCUCCACAAACGUAAGCAGUCUUCUGAAGAUCGGGCCAGGCAGCGCAUCAGGCCCACCAUGGACGAGUCUGUUUCUGACGUGGCUGCAGAGAGCGGGCAGUCAGUUGUUCAUUCACGGGAAGAUUUCUUCUCUCCAGAUUCGCUGAAGAUUGUGGACAACUCUAAGGCCGAUGCUGUUGCUGAUAACCAGGAGGAUAAUACUAUCAUGUAUGAUCAGUCUUUCAGUGCUCAGGAAGACGCACAAGUGCCCAGUCAGUCUGACAACAGCGGAGGCAACAUUUCACAGAUGUCCAUGGCGUCGCAGGCAACACAGGUGGAAACCAGCUUUGACCAGGAGGCUGCUUCUGAGAAGAACAACUUCCCAUGUGAGAAUCCAGAGGUCGGUCUGAACGAAAAAGAGCACAUGAGAGUGGUGGUGAAGUCUGAGCCCUUGAGUUCGCCAGAGCCUCAAGAUGAGGUGAGCGAUGUCACUUCCCAAGCAGAAGGCAGUGAGUCUGUUGAAGUGGAAGGAGGAGUAGUGAGCGCAGAGAAGAUAGAGCUGAGUCCCGAGAGCAGUGAUCGUAGCUUUUCUGACCCACAGUCCAGUACUGAUAGAGUGGGAGACAUCCAUAUAAUGGAGGUGGCAAAUAACCUGGAACACAAGUCUACUUUCAGUAUCUCGAAUUUUCUAAAUAAAAGCAGAGGUGGUGGCUUCAGUGCUAGUCAGAACAGCGAUGACAACGUUCCAAAUACUACCAGUGACUGCAGAAUGGACAGUGAUGCCUCUUACCUGAUGAGUCCGGAGGCGGGGCCUGCUGGAGGCCAUCCGUCUGCCACCGUCUCUCAUGUUGAGAAUCCGUUUAGUGAGCCUGCAGACUCUCAUUUUGUCAGACCAAUGCAGGAUGUGAUGGGUCUCCCCUGCGUACAGACUUCUGGGUACCGGACGGCAGAGCAGUUCAGCAUGGAUUUUCCACGGUCGGGCUUGGGCUUGCACUCCCUGUCAAGGGCAAUGAUGGGCUCGGUGAGAGGUGGAGCUAGCAACUUUCCUGGCUACCGACGCAUAGCCCCCAAAAUGCCUGUGGUGACCUCUGUCAGGAGUUCCCAGCUGCAAGAUAACUCAUCCAGUUCCCAGCUGAUCAUGAACGGGACCACUUCUUUUGAAAACGGGCAUCCAUCACAGCCUGGUCCACCACAGCUGACGAGGGCUUCUGCAGAUGUCCUUUCAAAAUGCAAGAAGGCCUUAUCUGAGCACAACGUCUUGGUAGUGGAAGGUGCACGCAAGUAUGCCUGCAAGAUCUGCUGCAAGACGUUUUUGACCUUGACAGACUGCAAGAAGCACAUCCGUGUACACACAGGAGAAAAGCCUUACGCCUGCCUGAAGUGUGGCAAGCGGUUCAGCCAGUCCAGCCACCUGUACAAACACUCCAAGACAACCUGCCUGAGGUGGCAGAGCAGCAAUCUGCCUAGCACUUUGCUUUAACCUUCUUCAUGCCGGGCCUGAAGGAGAGUGCUGGUGCAGAUGCCCAGCUCUGUAGAGCACCAAAGGAAGAUGGACGUUAUCUUCCUCACGGCUGCAGGCUCAGAGGCUGCUCUUGUUGGUCAGUGAACAUUUAAGUGUGAUUGUGCCACACACACAAAAGUCUUGGUUCUGUUUAUUGGGGAUAUUACUGUACCUACCUCACAGGGGUGUUGUGAGGCUUAAACAGCUGUAAGCAAGGAACUUGGAGGUCCUUAGAAGCCGCACUGUGGAUAUGAGAAGCAUUACUAUGAUGUACAUUCAGGCCUUGGGCUGAUGGGGAUACAAUCCGUAAAGCUAAGCGGUUCCUUUGCAGGGCAGAGGGGUGAGAGCAUAGUUUUAAAGUAGCACGUUUCAAGAAUGAGAAACUGAAGUGCAAAUUUCCUAUUUGUUUUGUUUUGGGUUUUUUUUUUUGUUUUUCUAAAGUAUUUUGUAAAAGUGAAAGCAUUUAACUGAACGACCUGUAAAACAAGCUGCUGCAUGGUGUGCGGACAGUAAUGCAAGAGCUGGUUACUGUAACCGACGCAGGCCGCGUAUCUUUAAAAGAGAAAAGCAACUUUGGAGGCACCUGUCUGACAUGAUGCUUUAAAACACGCUAAUUAUAAAAAUAGUUCUAGGGUUAUGAAUGUAUGUUUGGCUGUUUUGUAGUAAAGGACACUGUGUAAUGAAGGUGCUUAAGUUAAACCCAAGACAAGUAACUUUUGGACUGACAGAUGUAUAUAUACUUUGAGAACAGCAAGAUCUGGAUGUUUGAGGGGUUUUUUUUUGGUAGAAGCUUGUAUUAAGUGAUAAGUGAAGUACUGUUUCUUGUUCGUGCUAUUCUUAGCAGUAUUUUAACCCAUUUGUAUCUCCUAUGUUAAAGUUCUAUGUACACAGAAGUCUGAAAAGAGCCUGUCUUUGUCUGCUUUGUUAUUUUGAAGGAGAGAGAUAAUUUGUGAUGGCUUUUUUUACCGUGUGAGAUAGUCUCUUGCUGUUUCCAAAUGCUGAUAGUCAAUCUGAUCCCUGUUAUUGUGUAAGCAUAUUGUCCUUUUCUGACACUCUUAUCUCCAGGCUUUAAUUUCCUCCUCCCUCGGUACACUUACUUACUUUCUUUCACAACUGUGGAUUGUUCCUCAGAUCAAGCCAGUCAGGAGCGAUCCUCAUUUGCGAUAUUUAUUUAUGUGUCUCUAUAAAACCUAGUUGUCAAAUCCAGUCCUUCCACUUAAAAUAGUGUCAUAGAUGUACCUCUCUACAGAAAUUUUUAAGGACCUAGCAUAAAUUUAAUUUAAAGGAAUAGCACUGUACACUUUGUAUAGCAGAAAUUCGGUGAUCGUUAUUCUUCAAGUGAAUUGUGUAAAUCUUGCUUUAAUUUCCUCUUCUUUCACGCCAUUGUAACUAAUAAUGUCUGCAGUCCUUUUUCCUUUGUGAAAGAUGCACAUGAACUAACUACUGGCGUUCAGCAUAUUGGGUUUCUCAAUAACAUUUUGGAGCACUUCUGUUGAUAAAUGUUGCUGUAACACGUAGGAGCUGGUUUGGGGCUGCAGCACGUCCGUUCUGCUCAGGAGAGACAGCGGAUUUGCAUUUCCUGGUAUCCAAGUCACAGAGCAUCAGCUUUCUGUUAGUAUAUAAAAAAAAACAGUUUGAAAACCUUCCCCUCUUUAUUUUAUUCUGUAUAGCAAAUGUGUCCAUGUGGUUUCAUUCAGCAGUUUUAUGGAGUCUGUGCUACCUAACCCACCUGGAUGAGUUCCUGUGUCACGUACUCUAGGUGGUCCUGCUCUGGCAGGGGGGUUGGACUAGGUGAUCUUUCGAGGUCCCUUCAAGCCUUUGAGAUUCUAUGAUUCUGAUAGUUAGCCUUCUUAAACACCUUACACUUGGAUAAACUGAACGUAAAAGCCUAGUCCACAGUCCUGUAGGCCCGUUAGCAGGAUGGACUGUCAAAACUGUUGAAGCACAGAAACCAGACCAAAGGAAACACCAAUAUGUUUCUGGACUUGGCUUUAUGUGAAACAGUAGUCUGCUGAUGAAGAAAAAUGUCUUUAUGACUAACCACACUGCUUCACAUUGAGAACAAAAAAAGCCAAAUGUCUGUCAACGAGUCAUUUACACUUUGAGCACGCAAGGUAAACAGGAGCAUGGGAGCACAGUGGAUGAUUGGAUUGAUUCCUUUGAAAUGUUCAGAUUUUGUUACGUAAUUUGUUUAAUGGUCAUAUUUCCGGCUCUUAAUUUUAUAACCAUUAAGGAAAAGUGCUGCAUUUUUUUUUUAAGCACUAGGAUAUGCCACGUUUUGCUUGAUCGUUUUGAUCUCGGGGACUAAGGGCGUUGAGCUAGACUAAACAGUCUCACUGAAACAUUAGUAAAAUGCAGUAUUUUGUACUUCAGUAUUUUCUUGUGUUGCCUUAUUAGUAAUGUUCUAGUUGGUUCAUCUGCCUUGCAUUUCUCUAAUUGGGGAUUUUUAAAUGUUUUGUAUCUGUUUCCCGUCACACACGUGAAUUCCUCGAUUCUUACAAGGCAUAGGAACAACGCAUCUACGUGUGUGAGGAGAUUUGUUAAGAGCUAAUAUGAGCAGGCAAACUGACUUAACUGCACUUUUUAUCCGUUUUUAUAAAAACAUUCUUGUCAUUGUGAAGCACCAGACCUCGUGCAGGAGGACUUCUGUCUUCUGAAAGACAAAAAUCAGCUUGGAGCAUUUUUGGAAGCAGCAGCUUUAAAUGUUUGUUGGCACCCAGUUCAUCUGGAGGUGCACGCUGCAAACCCAGGAGCCCGAGGCCAGCUUGUUGCUUUCCUAGUCUUCCAGUAUGCAGCAAUAUCUCAGAAUGGCACCUCCACUUGGCUACCCCCCACUGUACAAUGAGAAUAUCUCAUCUCAAAGCCUGGUAACGCUGUCCAAGAUGUUAUCACCCUGACUUUCGUUCAAGACCUAACCUUACAGAUGCUACAGUGAGCUCUUGUGUGAAGAUGUCGGUAUGUUAGUAUUAUGAAACAUCUGAAAA